ACAAGUAUCAGAGAGGUUAUGUGAGGUUAGGUUAGUCGCUCGAAACUCGUAAACACGUGUGUGCUGUGUGGCAGUUGCAACUGCGACAAGUGGACCUUUUUGAGGUGAACUUAGGAGAAAAAUAAAUUAUAUUAAACAAGCAUUGAAUAUGAGUGUCACAGAAAUUAGAAACUUCAGAGACUUUCUGCUUUUGUACAAUCAGAUUUCCGAAACGUGUUUUAAACAUUGUGCAAACACAUUCAUUACCAGAGAGAUAACGCCAGAUGAGAACAAUUGUGUGAAUAAUUGUGCACAAAAGUUUGUCAACACCAAUCACAGGAUUAUGGAAGUUUAUUCAGAAAUCUUACCCAUUUUUACGAAAAAAAUGGUAGAAGCAAAUGCAGCACAAGCAUCUGCACAAGCAGCUGCACAAGCAUCAGCGGUUGGAGAAUCUGCAGUUCAAUAAGCAUUUUAUGUCGGGCAAAUAGUGCUUGAAACUUAGUUGUACAAUAUUGUUUCAACAUCAAGAUGGGAUUUAGUUCAUAGUGAAUUUUCAAGAUCUCGAAUUGUUUAUAUCUGAUGAUGAAAGAGUAUUUUAUUUCCUUGACGAGUGCUGAAUAUCCUUAAAAACGAAGUAUGUGAGUUUAAACUGUAUUUAUGAAAGAUUUCGGAAGGGGUUAGUUAAUAAAAACUGUUAUUUAUCUUA